GAGGGCUGGUAUAUUUGUGCCUGCUGGAGGUGGAAUUAACAGUAAGAAGGAGAAAGGGAUUGAAUGGACUUACAGGAAGGUUUUCAAGUAAAUACAGGGAAACACAUUUACUUGAAUAGUACAACCUUGAGUCUUAUUUUACACUAAGACGACACAAAAGAUGUUAAAGUUAUCACCAAGCUGCCGGACAAAUAUAUAUUCCAACACCAAGGUGCAGAUCAGCGUAGAUCUGUGAUUCAGAAAUCAGGAUUUGUCUUGGAAAGAGCGCAAGGGUUGAGAAGAACUCAAGAGCAAAUGAAGAGAACUUUGGGACUUACAGUUUAUCAGAAGAUCAACUUUCGUUCAUUCAAAUACCAAAGGCCUGAUUGUCAUAAAUUCAUAUAGGAAUGCCUAGGUCAUCUGAUCAAAUAAUAUUAGCCGUCUUCUGCUACAUCAAUGCAGCAAAAACUCUUAACAACUGUGGAUAAUUGGAAAUCCGAGUUUCAGCUUUCUUAGAAAUAACUACUCUUGACAUAUUCCAAAAUAUUUAAAAUAGGGCAGGAAAAUCAGUGAGGAUGUUGUGUUCAGAAAUGUCACUGUCAUGAAGAAUAGGUAAAUUUGUUUUUUCCGCUACUGGGAAAUUGUACCUCCUAGAAACUUAUUAUUAUUUUUUUUAAGAGGACAAGAAGGACAGAAAAUACCAACUUUGCUUUUGGACAAAAAUGCAUCUGACUGUAUUUUUACUUAGGGGUAUUGUGGGUUUCCUCUGGAGCUGCUGGGUCCUACUGGGCUAUGCAAAAGGAGGUUUGGGAGAUAAUCAUGUUCACUCCAGUUUUAUUUAUAGAAGACUACGGAACCACGAAAGACGGGAAAUACAGAGGGAAAUUCUCUCUAUCUUGGGUUUGCCUCACAGACCCAGACCCUUUUCACCUGGAAAGCAAGCUUCCUCUGCACCUCUCUUUAUGCUGGACCUGUACAAUGCUAUGGCCAAUGAAGAAAACCCUGAAGAGUCUGAGUACUCAGUGAGGGCAUCCCUGGCAGGAGAGACCAGAGGGGCAAGAAAGGGAUACCCAGCCUCUCCCAAUGGGUAUCCUCGUCGCAUACAGUUAUCUCGAACGACUCCCUUGACCACCCAGAGUCCUCCUCUAGCCAGCCUACAUGAUACCAACUUUCUGAAUGAUGCUGACAUGGUCAUGAGCUUUGUCAAUUUAGUUGAAAGAGACAAGGAUUUUUCUCACCAGCGAAGGCAUUACAAAGAAUUCCGGUUUGAUCUUACUCAAAUUCCUCAUGGAGAAGCAGUGACAGCAGCUGAAUUCCGGAUAUACAAGGACCGGAGCAGCAAUCGAUUUGAAAAUGAAACAAUUAAGAUAAGCAUAUAUCAGAUCAUCAAGGAAUACACAAAUAGGGAUGCAGAUCUGUUCUUGUUAGACACAAGAAAGACCCAAGCUUUAGAUGUGGGCUGGCUUGUCUUCGACAUCACUGUGACCAGCAAUCAUUGGGUGAUUAAUCCACAGAACAAUUUGGGCUUACAGCUCUGUGCAGAAACAGGAGAUGGUGCUACUUGUUUAAAAGUCUUAUGUUUAUCUUCAGAUUAUAAUACAAGUGAGCAAAAACAAGCCUGUAAGAAGCAUGAACUCUAUGUGAGUUUCCGGGAUUUGGGAUGGCAGGACUGGAUUAUAGCCCCAGAAGGAUAUGCUGCAUUUUAUUGUGAUGGAGAAUGUUCUUUUCCACUCAAUGCCCAUAUGAAUGCCACCAACCAUGCCAUAGUCCAAACUCUGGUUCAUCUGAUGUUUCCUGACCACGUACCAAAACCUUGUUGUGCUCCAACCAAAUUGAACCCCAUCUCUGUACUGUACUUCGAUGACAGCUCCAAUGUCAUUUUGAAAAAAUACAGAAAUAUGGUCGUGCGCUCAUGUGGCUGCCACUAGUAGUAAAUUAUAAUGGCAACAAGAAAAAAAGAUCUGUAUUACGUUUUAUGACUACAAUAAAAAGUGUACUUUCCGACAAAAGGAGAAUUUUGUAAAAUUAGUCUGGCUCAUUUCAUCUCUCUACCCAUGUACAAUGUCAUGUAUAUAGCCACUUUUAUUUAUUUAAAGGUAUAUAUUCUCCUUUGUGGAUGCCUUAUCAAUAAAAUCUACUUUGUAGCUCACUACAUUAUACAACAGAUUGCCCAGUCUAACUUUCAGUGGGAUAUGCUAAGUCCAAUUCAAUUCCAUUUCAACAUUUUUUUCCUAAUACAAUUUUUUUUCAUAUAAUUUUCUGAAAUUUGACAGAACUCCUUUGACUGUUAAAUAUUGUUGAAGGAAAUUGAAUGCAUUUCGUUAUGUUGUGCCAGUGAAAACCAUGAUAGGAUACUUAUUUAGAAAUAAAACUUAAAAAAAAACCCCCAAAAACAAAAAUGCUUGGACAAACACAAUUUUUCUUUUCGAGUUUCUGCUUCAUUAGAUAAAGUGAAAUGUUGAACUGGAUUUGAAUAAAUAAACGGUAGGCAGAACACAGAAUCUGAAAGAUUGCACAUAAUUGUUAUAACUGUUUGCUUUAACAGAAUUGGUGUAACUGUAGGAGCAUGUUCCUUCUUGGCUUGUGGACUGUAGAUUUUGCAAAGAGCUCAAAGCUUCAGGAAUUCUGUGGAGACAGGCUUGAGCCUGUGUCCAUAACUUUCCAAGUUAACACUAAAAAAUUGUAGUACAACCUUCUUACCUCAAAUAAAUCAUGUCUGCCUAUUAUCUAGAACACUACUGCUGCAGAUUUUUUUUUUCUGAUUUAAAAGGAGUCCAAAAUAAAGAAACAUUUACAUGUGCUCCACGUCCCUCCCCGCAGACAAGAGUCACUGCAUGCAUAAAAUAUAGCGGAGCAAAGAUGCCGACAGAGCCAUUUUCUUUAGCUCUCCUUUAUAACUGAGUCUGCUGAUUGAUGUGAUGCAAGGGAUUUUAUUUAGGGUAAAAGCACUGAAACUAAACUGGAGGAAAUUACCAAAAAUCCCAGAAUGGCUUUGACAGAAUUGCCAUUUUGAAAGAACAGCUGAAAUCCAUUUUUCAUAUCUUUGAGACUGAGCUCAAUGAAAACCUUAUUUUUUGUAAGGGGAUUUUGUAAGCCCUCCUCCAAGCACAAAUAAUUCCAAAUGGGAAGGUUCUGUUGUGUGUAUGUACAUGUGUGUUCUUCCCUCUGAAAUUAAUUUAUUUUCUUUCUCUGCUUCUAUCUCUGCCUUCUAUGGCUUGUCUUUGACACACACUGAUUUCUUGAAGAAUGACAUUUAGAUGGAUAACUUGCUAUUUAUGGUGGCUCCACGGUUAGGCCUAUUUAUAGUGCAUCUAAAAAUAUUCAUAAAGCACCAUUUAUUAACUACCCUUGUGAAUCUUUCAAAUAAAACAUAUCAGAAAUGGCUCAAAAACGUUAUGGGUUUGUUUGUAAUUCAGGUGUAUUGCAAUGUUGUUUUAAAAUACAGUUUAUCUUAAAAAAUUGAUAAUAACUAUAUUGGGGGUUACAUUAAGUAAUAUAUUUUUCAAUUAAUGGUGUACCAUUGUAAGAAUAAGAAACAGAAGUCUAUUAUAUUAUCUUUAAAUGUGCUGUUUAAAUGUAAUUCUAUAUUUUAAAAGAUAUUAAACUUGUGAUGCUAGUUUC